AUGUGUACGCUGCGAGAAAAUAAAGACGAUCGGCCAGUGGUUUAUCUCGACGAAACGUGGGUAAACCAAAACCAUUCACGGAAGGGUAUUUGGCAAAAUGAAAAUAAUUCAGGUGGUCUAAAGGUGCCGAAGGGUAAAGGAGGCCAACUUAUUGUAUGCCAUGCAGGAUGUGCUCGCUACGGGUUUAUAGAAGGGUCAAAAUUGGUAUUUCGAAGCAAUACCGGAAAUACCACGGAUUAUCAUAAUCAGAUGAAUGGUGAAGUGUUCAAAGAGUGGUUUAUUCAACUCCUAAAAAAUCUUGAAGAGCCAUCAGUUAUAGUCAUGGAUAAUGCACUUUACCAUUCAAUCCUCAGAGACAAAUAUCCUAAAAGUAAUUGGAGAAAAGCUGAAGUACAACACUGGUUAAAUGAAAAAAAUAUCGAGUUCCAUCCAUUGGAAACAUUACCUGAACUUCGACAAAAAGUUAAAAACCUAUUACCACGUGAAAAAAAAUAUGAGCUGGAUGACAUUGCAAUUGAAAUGGGUCAUGAGGUAAUCCGUCUUCCACCAUACCACUGUAAGUAUAAUCCAAUCGAAUUAAUUUGGGCUCAAGUUAAGGGCCAAGUUGCUCUGUGA